UUAACUUCUUCAUAUCCAAGCUUUAAUUAUUAAGGUUUUACAAAUCCUCGGCAGCCUUUGAAUUUUCAGUACAACCUUAAUUAUGAUAUUUAGCUCGUGACAGUGGGAGGAAUACACACCAAGAAUAUGUUAUGAAGAACUUAUGUCAGUUUAUCAGUAGUACUGGGUUCUUGCUGAUUUAGUCCUUGUCUCCAAGGUGAAGAAAAAUCAUGGCCAGGAAACGAUCACCAUCAUCAUCAUCAUCAUCUCAAACGACAUGUCCAACACUUUUCAUCACCGUCUUCUUGUUGAUCUCCAAUGCUUCAGCUUUACAUGCCAACGACGAAGUACUCCAACUUCUGUUGUCGUUCAAAGCCUCCUUAAACGACCCGCUUGGCUUCCUCUCCGACUGGACUCCCAACAACACCAACUUCUGCAACUGGCAUGGCAUCACCUGCAACAACAACUCGUCCCGAGUGAACUCAGUUGAGCUCUUCCGCAAGAACAUAUCGGGCAAAAUCUCUUCGACGAUAUUCCGACUGCCUGGUAUCCAAUCCGUUGAUCUCUCCGGUAAUCAGCUGACUGGCCAAAUCCCUAGUGACAUGUUCAGUACUGCUUUCAAUUUUAUUAAGUACCUCAACCUCAGCAACAACAACUUGACCGGACCGGUCCCGACCGGUUCGAUCUCCAGUCUCGAGACGCUCGACCUCUCCAACAACAUGCUCUCGGGAAGAAUCCCGCGAGACAUCGGCCGGUUCUCGAGCCUUAAAUUCCUCGAUCUCGGAGGGAAUAUCUUGUCGGGACACAUUCCCGUUUCGAUGUCGAAUAUUUCGGGCUUGGAGUACUUCACUUUGGCUUCGAACCAACUAUUUGGGGAAAUUCCGAGAGAUUUGUGCUUGAUGAGGAGCUUGAAGUGGAUAUACCUGGGGUACAACAAUUUCUCGGGAGAAAUCCCGCGAGAAAUCGGCGAGCUGAAAUCUCUUCAACAUCUCGAUCUCGUCUACAACAAUCUCACGGGGCAAAUCCCGCCGUCGAUCGGCGCCCUCACCGACCUACGGUACCUCUUCCUGUACCAGAACAAGUUGUCUGGACCGGUCCCCCGGUCGGUUUUCGGACUGAGAAAUCUGGUCUCGCUCGACCUCAGCGAUAACUACCUCUCCGGUGAGAUUCCCGAGGCCGUUAGUCAGUUACGGCAGUUGCAGAUUCUUCAUCUCUUCUCCAACAACUUCACUGGAAAGAUUCCGCAGGGUUUGGCUUCUCUACCUCGGCUUCAAGUUCUUCAAUUGUGGUCCAACUAUUUCUCGGGCGAGAUUCCACAAGAUCUCGGAAAGCAAAACAAUCUCACUGUCUUGGACCUUUCGACGAACCGUCUUACCGGAGAAAUGCCGGACGGUUUGUGCUACUCCGGUCGGCUUUUUAAGCUCAUAUUGUUUUCCAAUUCUCUCCAUGGCGAGAUUCCGAAGAGUUUAAGCGAAUGCAAGAGUUUACGCCGAGUUCGUUUACAGAAUAACAGAUUAUCCGGCGAAAUAUCGGAGGAUUUCACGAAGUUACCACUCGUAUACUUCUUGGAUAUCUCGGGAAACAGUUUAUCGGGAGAAAUUGGUGACCGGAUAUGGAAUAUGCCUUCGCUCCAAAUGCUGAAUUUGGCACGAAACCGGUUUUCCAGCCACUUGCCAGUGUUGUUCGGAAGCGAGAAGCUCGAGAACUUGAUCGUAUCAGAGAAUCAGUUCUCGGGCGAAAUCCCGCCAAGUUUAGGUAACUUUUCGAAGCUUAUGCAAUUAGACUUGAGCCGCAACGAGCUCUCCGGUGAAAUCCCGGGACGAUUAUCGUCGUGUGAAAGGCUUGUGAGUCUUGACCUAAGUCACAACCGGCUCACCGGCGAAAUUCCGGCGAGUCUCUCCGGAAUGGCGGUUCUCGGUCAGCUAGAUUUGUCUGAUAACGAGCUAUCCGGUGAAAUUCCGCGAAACCUCGGUCGAUCGGAGUCCCUGGUGCAAGUAAAUGUCUCUCAUAAUCACUUCCACGGGAGUUUGCCCUUGACCGGAGGUUUCCUCGCCAUAAACGCCAGCGCAGUAGCCGGAAACAGCCUCUGCGGCGGUGAUACUGCCUCUGGUUUGCCGCCAUGCAAGAAGAGCUUGAUCAAGAGCGUUCUUGUUCGUCGUCCCACGUGGUGGCUUGUUCCGAUCACGUGCUUCCUUGUUGCGCUCGUUGUCGUCGUUCUCGUCGUCGUCUUUGUUCGUCGUCGUAAGGGUAUUUUGGAGCUUAAAAGAGUCGAAAACGAAAAUGGAAUAUGGGAAUUACAGUUCUUUGAGUCUAAUAAGCUCGCUAAGUCUGUCACCGUUGAGGAUAUCUUAUUAUCUGCCAGAGAAGGAAAUCCCAUAAUUGAUUCAAAAUUAGUGGUGAAGAAAAUUAGUGCUAAUCAUGUGAAUUCCAUUCAUCAGCAGAGUGUUUGGUCCGAUAUCGGGGAAUUCGGGAAAAUUCGGCAUCGAAACGUGAUUAAGUUGAUCGGAAUGUGCAGGUCACAAAAAGGUGGGUACUUGGUUUACGAGUAUUGUGAAGGGAAACUGUUGAGUGAGAUUUUGAGGAGUUUGAGCUGGGAAAGACGAAGAAAGAUUGCGGUCGGGAUCGCGAAAGCGCUGCGGUUUUUGCACUGUUGUUGUUCGCCGGCGGUUGUUGUUGGUCGUCUCUCCCCGGAGGAUAUCAUGGUUGACGGAAAAGAUGAGCCUCGCCUGAGCUUGAGAGUUCCGGGAUCGAUGUGUUCGGAGUCUAAGGGUUUCACUUCUUCUGCAUACGUCGCCCCAGAAGCAAGCAAAGGAAUAAGUACAGAGAAGAGCGACAUCUACGCUUUUGGUCUCAUCCUGAUCGAGCUGCUCACCGGAAAGAGCCCAGCCGACACUGAUUUUGGCGUGCACGAGAGCUUCGUUGAGUGGGCCCGAUACUGCUACUCCGACUGUCAUCUCGACACGUGGAUAGAUGAGGCCAUCAGGGGACACGUGUCCAGCGACCAGAACGAGAUCGUCGAGACCAUGAACCUUUCCCUGCACUGCACCGCAGGUGACCCCACGGCCAGGCCAUGCGCUACUGAACUUUGCAAAACCCUCAACUCUGUUAUGAGGACAGCUUCUUGUGCUUCGGGCCUCAAAAGUUUCUUCACUUCUUAA